AGAAUGCGCGCAAUGGGCUUUUCAAACAAUUGUUCUAAUUACUGUAAAUUUUGGCACAAUGGAAUGUACACCCAAUUAGCGACUGACGAAAACGGUCCGUGGGAUAAAAUCUUUGGCUUUUAGAUUUGGCAGUAGUAAACUUAAGGUGGUUGUGCAAGUGAUUGUGAUGGGAAAUGCGUGUUGAUGAAUCCGGAAACGUACCUCCGUUAAACACUUCUUGGUUAUUAGUUUAAUCCAUACGUUUGAUGUUUGUCACGGCCAUCGGUAACGCGCCCAAAGUACACAUGCUACUUCCUGUUGUGGUGACCUAUCUGGAAUUCGUUUCCCUAGAAGCGGUCAGUAUUGUACAUCUAGCUCCACUGAUGAGGCAGAAUCUCCAGUCAAUCCAAGCCGUGUGCAUCCAACAUACAUGCGCCACUCGGAAGAGUCACACGGUCACUUCUAAAAUUGCGGUGCAACUUGGUAAGCCGUCAUGGAAAACUCUCGAGGCUGUCGUUGCCGUUUUGGUGUGUCGUUGCUCCUUUUAGCUUUUCUGAGUUUUCCAAACAAAGGCUUAGCUCUAAUCAACCUGCGGGACAAAUACGUCAGCCAGAGCAGUAAUUAUUCCAAUGGAUACCCUACCAAAGCCGUGGAUGAUGACAUUUAUUCAAUAUCACACACAGAGUGUGGCGGAUACCAGUGGUGGAGAGUAGAUCUUGAAAAUGCCUACCGCGUGGAAAGGAUCACCAUUAUCAACAGACACGACCAACAUGGUUCUCGAUUAACCGGAGCCAUAGUGCGAGCUGGUUUGAAUUUAGAUCACUCACGGAACCAACAAAUUGGAUCUUCGGUCAGAAGAAAUCAAGCUUCUCCUGGCGGACAGACGAUUCAUUUCGGGGCGAAUCCCAGCGUCAUGGCUCGGUAUGUCAGUGUGGAGCUAUCAGGCAGUUGCUUACAACUGGCCGACUUGAGGAUUGAGGAAGAAACCCUGGUAUCUACAGGUGAGUGCGGCGGCUUUCUGUAG